AGCCUUUGACUCAAGGGCUUUCUAAACCUGUCAGCUGGAGUUUGAUAGACAGCGCAGCCAUGUCCCUGCGGCGUGCAGUCACUCGCACGUCGGAGCUUCUCUCCCUGCGAAAGACCAGCCAGCGGGACCAACUUCGCCUCGGAAGCUACCCAGUUCCUCCUGAGGCUUAUAUUUGGUGGUGCAAUCGAUCUCAGGUUCCUGGCGGCGAGAUCAAGCAGACCUUCUCGCACUUUCAGCAAAAGAUCAUGUGGCAAUGGUUCUGGAACGCCCCAACACGUUGGUACUGGCGCCUGUCCUCUUGGGCUUGGCCAGUCGGUGUUCCAGCCCUUCUCAUGUAUAUCUUCGUCUACAAGUCUUGUGAGUGUGACGU